AUGGAUGCUAAACUCAUUGACGAAACAUGUCGAAAAACACCAAACCCGAAUCUCUGUGUCUCAUCUCUCAAAUCAGAUCCUCGAAGUUCUGGUGCCGAUGUCAAAGGCUUGGGCAUAAUAAUGGUGGAUGUGGUUAAGGCCAAAGCAAUUAUCGGUCAAAACAAAGUAAGUGGAUUACUUAAGCAGAGCCCAGGAGAUCUACGCUUGAAAGUUUGUUCAGGUGACUAUGAUGCGAUUUCAAACCAUCAGGUCCCAAAUGCUUCCUUGGCAUUUAGUAGAGAUAUCCCUCAUAUUGCUGAAGAAGACAUGAGUGAAGCUGCUGACGAGGCAAGGGCAUGCGAGUUAAGUUUUUCAGGGAGGUCUCCUCUAACAGAUGUAAAUAAUGCUGUGGCAGAUGUCGCGUCUAUUACUGCAGCUAUAGCAAAGCAAUUAGGCGGUUGA